AGAGUUUGUUUGUGGCAGUAUAACCAGAGAAAGAGGUGCAGCCUUUAUUUCAGUUGUAAAGACAAGCUAAAGAACACCGCUAAAGUGGAAGGAUGAAGAGUCUCCAGUUGGUUGUGGUGGCAACAUUUACAUUCUCUCUGUUGGAGACUGGAGCUUCCCAAUGCGAUGUUGUGAGGCUAGCUGCAGCAGUACAUGAGACUCUGAGUCCAUUCAUGACUGAAAUGAAACAAGAAUUGGCUUUUGUUAAGACUGAACUAAGAGCAGGUCUAGCUCAGGUUAAAGAAAAUCUAACCAACCUGAAUAUGGUUAAGUCUCUACUGAUCUCAGUCAAUACUAGUAUGAGUGAAGGACUGUCAGCAGUGAAGAACACUCUUAAAGAACACAGCAGCCAGACAGCCUCAGAGCUA